AUGACUGAAGCUAUUGUCAUGCCCCAGAAGCGGGUUCUCGGCGACGCCUCGAAUAAUCCCCGCGGUGUCGUGAAUUCUCCCGACACAAUAAAGAAGCGCAAGAUCGAUAUGCAGAAUACGGUUAAACCGAGCCCUCGGGCCCCGAACGGACAGAGGAAAGUCGGUUCGAGUCAGCAGAAAAGUCAAUUUGAGGAGGAGGUGCUCGAGAAACUGACGCAAGAUAUCAGCGGCUUAAAAGAGAACAACUCGGAAAAGGACCAACAAUGGGAACGACCGCCGCUCGGUGAGUUUGACCCUACGAAGGACAAUAUCUGUUUCCAACAGAUUGAUGCGGAGGAGGGUACAACGAUGGGAAAACCAGCUAUCAGGCUGUUUGGUGUAACAGAGGCUGGCCAGUCAGUACUUCUCCAUGUUACUGGAUUUCAGCACUAUUUGUAUAUUGCCGCUCCUGUUGGUUUUACAAAAGAGGAUUGCGACCCCUACCGAGCGUUCCUAGAGAGCAAGAUUGGGCAAUUUCCUCCCGUCAUCCAGUCAGUUCAAAUUACGAUGAGAGAGAAUAUAUAUGGCUUUCAAGGGAACAAGAAGAGCUACUAUUUGAAGAUCACAGUGACGGAGCCAAGACAUAUCUCCAAGCUGCGAAGUGCUCUUGAAACAAAAGCCCAGACGGUCAACUACAAAGGAUUGUGGACAAAUGCUGAUGGUGGUAUACUAACCUUCGACAAUAUUCAAUACCUGCUCAGGUUUAUGAUUGAUACGGAUAUUCAGGGAAUGUCAUGGGUCGAAGCACCAGCGGGAAAGUACGAACUCAUUGCUCCCCAGGACAAGGUCUCCAACUGCCAGCUCGAGGCGCGCAUUGAUUACCGCAGUCUAAUAUCGCAUGCUCCGGUUGGCGACUGGGCGAAAAUGGCGCCUUUGCGGAUCCUCUCCUUUGAUAUAGAAUGUGCCGGCCGUAAGGGAAUUUUCCCGGAACCUAAUCACGACCCUGUCAUCCAGAUCGCCAAUGUCGUCACCCGCUACGGAGAAUCGAAGCCCUUUAUCCGCAAUGUGUUUGUAAUGAACACGUGCAGUUUGAUCGUUAAUACCCAGAUUCUGGAAUUUCAACAAGAAGAAAAAAUGCUUAUGGCUUGGCGGGAUUUCAUCCAAAAGGUCGAUCCCGAUGUCAUUAUUGGAUACAACAUUGCCAACUUCGAUUUUCCGUAUCUUUUGGAUAGAGCAAAGCAUCUCAAGUGCACAAAUUUCCCUUACUGGACUCGACUCAAUGGCAUGCGAUCGGAAGCGAAGGACACAAAUUUCUCCAGCAAGCAGAUGGGCAACCGCGACACGAAGGCAACGAACACCAACGGACGACUGCAAUUAGAUCUUCUGCAACUAGUUCAAAGAGAUCACAAUCUGCGAAGUUACACGCUCAACUCCGUCUCGUACGAAUUUCUAGGCGAGCAGAAAGAGGACGUGCAUCAUACGAUGAUUACUGAGCUCUAUAACGGAACGCCGGAUUCGAGACGUCGCCUGGCGGUUUACUGUUUGAAAGACGCAUAUUUACCGCAACGCUUAAUGGACAAGCUGAUGUGUCUUGUCAACUACACUGAAAUGGCGAGAGUUACAGGUGUCCCUUUCAAUUUCUUGCUCUCCCGUGGGCAACAAGUCAAGUUCCUCAGUCAGCUCUAUCGGAAAGCUUUGCAACAGCAACUGGUCAUUCCAAAUAUGAAAUCAACGGACGAACAAGAUUACGAGGGUGCUACUGUCAUUGAACCCAUUCGCGAUUAUUACGACGUGCCGAUUGCAACUCUUGACUUUGCCUCUCUAUAUCCUUCUAUUAUUCAAGCUCACAACUUGUGCUACACGACCUUACUCAAUAAGAAUAGUGUCGCUGGGAUGAAGAAGGAUGAAGACUACAUUGUCACGCCAAAUGGUGAUAUGUUCUGUACGCCUAAAGUGCGAAAAGGUCUUCUGUCCCAGAUUCUGGAGGAAUUGCUGAGUGCAAGAAAGAAGGCCAAGAAAGAGCUGGCUCAAGAGACGGACCCAUUUAAGAAAGCCGUCUUGAACGGACGGCAGCUCGCUCUGAAGGUUAGCGCCAACAGUGUUUACGGUCUUACUGGAGCUACUGUGGGAAAGUUGCCGUGUCUUGCCAUCGCGAGUAGCACAACCAGUUAUGGUCGUCAAAUGAUUGAGAAAACGAAGCAGGAGGUCGAGGCGAGAUAUACCAUUGCGAACGGUUAUUCUCAUGAUGCGAAGGUCAUCUAUGGUGAUACUGAUUCGGUCAUGGUUAAAUUCGGCGUUACCGAACUUGAGGAGGCCAUGAAACUUGGCCAAGAAGCUUCCGAAUACGUAUCAUCAAAGUUCAUCAAGCCGAUCAAGCUCGAGUUCGAAAAGGUCUACUUCCCAUAUCUUCUUAUCAAUAAGAAACGAUAUGCAGGUCUAUACUGGACGAACCCGAAGAAGUAUGACAAGAUGGAUACGAAGGGUAUUGAGACUGUUCGCAGAGACAACUGCUUGCUCGUGCAAAACGUGAUUGAAACGGUGCUGCACAAAAUCUUGAUUGACCGUGACGUCGAAGCCGCUCAAGAAUAUGUCAAAGACACCAUAUCCGACCUUUUGCAGAACAAGAUCGACAUGUCGAAGCUGGUGAUCACGAAAGCUCUGACCAAGGAUUCCUAUACCGCCAAACAAGCUCACGUUGAGCUCGCAGAACGGAUGCGAAAGCGUGAUGCGGGUUCUGCUCCUACGCUAGGCGACCGUGUUGCCUACGUUAUUGUCAAAGGCACCGCACACGAGGUCCAUCGCCAUAGUGCACCGACUAUGGGAGGACUUAUGAAGUUCACUAAGAAGACACAAACCUGCCUCGGCUGCAAGAAGCCGCUUACUGGGAAGGAUGUAAUGGCGGGGGCAGUGUGUGAAUCGUGCCGCCCUCGCCUAGGCGAGCUAUAUACUAAGAGUAUGAACAAGAUGUCGGACCUGGAAGUGAGGUUUGGGCGACUGUGGACGCAGUGUCAGCGGUGCCAAGGCAGUCUUCACUGCGAAGUUAUUUGCUCGUCGAGAGAUUGUCCUAUCUUCUACAUGCGGAUGAAGGCGAAGAAGGAUGUUGAGGAUGCCCAAAAGGAACUGGCAAGGUUUGAUUUUGAUGCCGGUGCUUGGUGA